UUUACGACGAGGAGAACAUUGCAAAUUUACCGACAAGUGACACUUUUAAUGUCACCUACUACGACUUGCUACCCCAAGCGUUCGUUGAAGAAUACUUUGUCAAUGUCAAUGAUUCGAAUGAAGUUGCUAUUUACCGGAUGAAUGCUUAUUCUACUGGGACAAGUGCGGGUGCUUGUAUUGCACUCGAUCCUGACGGUACGUCGCAGGGUCGAUGGCAGGUAUCAACUUCUGGCUUGACAACGACUUGGACUUAUCUCGACGCUCUUCUAAAAGACGAUGACGAAUGCUUGCUGGUUAGUGCACAAGCUAGAUUACGAUUCUUGCCUGAUCGGGAUUUUUCUGGAAACGCUACGAUCAGAAUUAGAGCUUGGGAUGGAGCCUAUCACACGGAUCCAGACGAUUAUGUGGACGUCAGACGCUUCCUCACAGCAAUUAUCUCUGCGAACUCAUCAGGGUCAGUUAUAGGAAGUUCGUCGCCUUGGAGAACGACUGUAGAACGAGCAUCAUAUGGAAACGAGAUUCUAUUUGUUUUAACUGUCAUUUCAGUUCCUGACGAACCCGUUUUAGUAAAAAAGGUCACUGUAUUGGACGCCAUUCCUCAUCGUAUUUUGUACCAGUAUGACCACCUUUUUACAUCUACAGUACAAUUGACGGCGUCGGAGUUUCGUCUGCGAGAGGAAAACUUUCGCAACUUCUUAGUGCUAAUAUUAGAGAAUGACGUAACACUGAAGAGAAUUCAGAAGAAUGAUGAUACGUCAGUCGAUGUCAGCUUUGAGAUAGCAAACGAUGCUUUGAAGUUCAAUGACGUAAAUCGUCUAAUUACUGAGAAAGUGAAAACUCUCAGUAGUAAUUUAAGAUUUAAUAUUACCGUUAUUAAAAGAGAAAUGGCAUCCGGAACCGGAGCAGGAUGUUCCGGUCCAGCUAUCAUUGAACCUGCACCUUUGAGGGGAACAAUUGUAAACGAAAUGGUAUCUACAGCGUUUGCUGAUUCAGAUAACGACUUUUUGGGAGCAGCAAUUGUCUCACUCUCUCGCCAUAAAGAGGGAAUAUGGAUGUUUCACCUUGCUGAACACCCAGGAAGUUCACUUCAUUCGUCUUGGUCACCUGAUAGCGCGCGUUGGUUUACGUUUCCACCCGUAGUAUCAUCCACUAGGGCUGUGCUACUUAGCGGGCACGAUCGUAUACGAUUUGUACCACAUCCCGAUUACCACUGGAGCCCCGAUCGAAUCCCAGAGAUGUCGUUCAAGGCAUGGGAUGAGUCUAAUGGUGGACGACCUGGCGACAUCAAUGUAAACACCGACCCGUACGCUAUUGUCACAAAUUCAACCGUCGUUUCUCGUGGAAUAUUUAGUUUUGAUGCUGCACGGGCUCAGGCUGUUAGAGUGGGUUGCGAUGGAACUCUGAAUUCGGGCAUGCAAUUUGAUGCAUGUUGUGUAUGCGGCGGCAACGGCUCAUCUUGUGCCGGCUGUAACAACGUUGUGGGCUCAAAUGUCCAAAGAGAUCCGUGCGACGGUUGCGAAGCGUCGACAUCCGAGUGUCUCGGCUGUGACUUUGUUCCCUUUUCGCGGAACAAAGAAGACAAUUGCAGUGCUUGCGAUGGAAGAAACGCAGCACCAGUCGAUUGUUUCGGAGAAUGUUACGGUACAGCGGUAAUGGAUCACUGCAGCGUCUGCUCAGAAGGAUCUACAGGCAAAGCGUACAAUGCCGACGUCGAUUGCAACGGUGUAUGCAACGGCCUGGCUGUUAUAGACGAGUGUGGAGACUGCGUCAAUGGAACAACCGGUAGAGUAUUUAACCAGCGUAUGGAUUGCAGAGGAAGCUGCGACGGGCGCUACACGAAGGAUCCCUAUUGCGGCCUCUGCCAGGAGUCGUCGGUGGCACCACUAGACUAUCGCGAUUGUGCAGGCAAUUGCUUUGGCAACGCUUUCAUUGACGAAUGCGGAGAGUGUAGUGCAGCAUACAGCGGUUCUGGUACUUCCAUCACAGACGUCUGUGGUAUUUGCGGCGGAAACGGCACGACAUGCGCAGGAUGUGACGGAGUCCAAGGAAGCCAAAAAAUAUUGGACAACUGCGGAGUCUGCGGAGGCAACGACUGCAGCUGCUUCAAAAUCACGUCUAUCGAACCGAAUCGUGGACCGUCGAAGGGAGGAACAAAGAUAACAGUCAAGGGAGCUGGUUUUACCUUCAUGUCGAAUAUGCCGUCGAAGUUUACUGAUGCGUGUGGCGGUGCUUUGCGAGAUAGUCGUGGAGACACGAUCCACGCGCAGUGCAAACUGGAGUCUCCUAAGCAGCAAUGGCAGGGCAUUGCUCAACUGAUCGACCACCGAACUAUUGUUUGUACGACACCCGACAGCACAGUAUUCGCUCAACGCGUAUUUCAGUUUUGUCUGAAAGUCGCCGUGGGAACAGGGAAGUUUACAAAGGAGUGCAUUCAUACCACAUUUACAUACGACGACACAGCCAACACUCGAAUCGAUGACAUCACACCCACAGCGGGAAUCAUAGGACACACCACUGCCGUCAGACUCCUUGGCGACAACCUGUUCGAUUCAGAACCGGCGCAGUGUUUGUUGUCCGAUUUUGGUGACUGUAACGUGCCUGCCGAGUUUAUCAGAGCAGACGGGUUUAUUUCCGUUGAUGCGACGUUUGUGAAUGUUUCAGAAUACCAUUGCUUCCUGCCUGCGUUUAAGUCGUCAUGUCGUGUAACAAUCGCUCUGUCGCUUGACGGUCAGCAGUCGGGUGUUCUCGAUUCGAGCUUCCGCCACUUCACGUACUUUGCGAGCGCCCCAGAAAUUGUCAACGUCACUUUCUCCGACGACGUAACGACACUUGUCGUUGUCUGGGACCGAGCUAUAGAGACGGCCAACCGAUCAGACUUUACUUGCCGGGACAUCUGGGAUGAUGCGAGUUACUAUCUGUUGGGCGGGUCGACAUCGACUUGCUCGUUUCAAACGUACGAACGGAAGGCCGUUGUUGUGUUGUUGGGAUCGACGGCGACGGUGUCUCCAGGAUCGGUUGUCACCGUGAAGGAUGACGUCAUAUGGACUCUAGGAGAGACAUUCUCUUAUAACGCAACUAACGCGUCUGCUAUGGUUUCGUCCUUAGCACAAAAACUGAUCCCCGUUUCUGUCAUCCAAGCAAGCAAUGUUGUGCCUGCGUGUGGUCACUACACAGCGGACGGUCUACUUUCUUACAACUCGGGUUAUAGAGACUUGGAGUAUAUCUGGGGCUUGGCAACCGAAGACAGCAGCACUCCACAUUUCUUGCAACUUCAACGACAUCUAGCAUCGUUUGGCCGCUUCUCAGCUACGAUUGCGUUAAAUUCGAAACUGUUUGUAGUAGGAGUUCAGUACUAUCUGGAACUGCAAGUGUCGAACGUGGUAGGCGAGACUAGCAAUUUAACUCGAGUUCCUCUCACGAAGGCUGAGGCUGACGCUCCCGUCGUGUCAAUCAUGGGACUCUCCGAGCAAAUGCUGGAAGUGUCCAAGAUGGCAGUCUUCAAAGGAAACGUUCGACUGUCUGAAUGUAGCAACGCGUCUACCCUGAGUUUCUUGUGGCGUAUUCUCAUACCAUCCACACAGCGAGGAGUCGACGACCAAGUAAUCGAUCUUGAAGAAAGCGAGAGGGCUACCUUUGUCAUCCCUCCUCACACUCUUCAACCCGGUAUUCGAUACGAUUUACUUUUAACCGUCAGCUCUGAGAAUGCCUCGUCGACGGCCUCGACAGCGGUCCGCACUGUCGUCGCUCCGAUUAGAGCCGUUAUUCUCGGAGGGAAUCGCACCGUCAGUCGCAAUUCCACGUUCACUCUUGACGCGUCGCAUUCUAUCGAUUUCGCCGAGAGUCGAGUCAACGCCGAAUUCGAAUGGAUUUGUCUGAGGCGACAUACGGUAUGUUACGACGAUCACGAUCCGCAUAGGCGACCCAUCAACAUUCCUCGGGAAGAAUCCGUUGACAUCGAUGCUUCUCGCUUCGCUGCCGGAAAGACCUACGUCUUCACGGUUGUUGUGAGAAAGGACGGUAGAAGCGACUCGACUGCAGUUGAAAUCACGAUUUCUAACUUCACAGUGCCAGUUGUCACGAUCUGGCCUGUACACCGUUUCAUCUCUCCGCACGAGAAGCUCUCGAUUCGCGCCACCGUGUUGUCUUAUUUGCCUGUUGUGAUAACGAACUGGGACUUGGAACGCAUGGCGGGUUACGGGUACGUCGAUUUGUCUGCUGCAUCCGAAGUGAAGUCGACGAUGUCGGAUUUCAGUCCGUACGAAGUCAAUAGAACGGACAUCGCGCAAGAUGUGGUUGUAUUUACAAACGCAAUAAGUCAGGUCAAUUUGGUCAUAAAACCAGGUUCUCUGACGUUUGGCUUGACGUACAGAUUUCGGUUGACCGCAGAAAAUGCGGACGGUUUCGGUCGGGCAGCGAUUGACGUUGCAGUAGAAAAGCCCCCCAGUUCGGGGAGAUUGGUCGCUCGGCCAGAGCGGGGGUAUGCGUUGGAUACUAUCUUUUCAAUUAAAGCGGAAGGUUGGGCGGACGUUGCGACAGACUUACCUUUAAGUUAUCAAUUUGGAGUGGCGUUUGUCGAUGAACAAGUGUAUUGGCUGAGUGGGAAAGAGAGCGGGAGCAUACUCAAGACGGCUCUUCCUCAGGGUGCCAGCACAAACAGUGAAUUGACCGUCGUUGUACAGGUUUUCGAUCAAAGUGGAGCUCGUGCAGAGAGUAGAACAACAGUUGUUGUUUAUCCAGGACGUUUGAGCUCGUCGGAAGCAACGGCAUCGAUUCUGAACAAUGCGGAUGCGUUAAUACGUUUAGGCGAGUGGUCCGAAGGCUUGGCGCACCUAGCCAGCUCACUAAGCCAAACGCUCGUCAACGCGUCAUUUGCUACCACAGAGUUAAGACCGAAAGCGGCUGAGAUCAUUCUUAAUGUCUACAGAGAAGAGAUGCCGCCCGUAGACUCGCAGAUGUUGCGUACAGCUCGUCUGCUAGAGGUGGCUACAAGAGUAACUGUCACGAAAGUCGACGGAUCCGGAGAUUUGCAGGUUGAGCUUGCGUUUAUUUCGGACGCAGAUUUUCUUGGUUAUGACUCUGUUCUCAGGGAAAUUCUCUCGGUCACAAGAGGGGUCGUCGACCACUUUGUUGCCGAACCCGUUCAGUCGACAGUUAGCAAGCGAGCAACGACAGAAUCAAAACUUAUUUUCCCGACCGAAAUCUUUACAACAAGACUCUCUACUACAGACGUGGCGACUCUCGCCCGUUUAUCGACGAACGUUUUCAAACUGCAAGCGCAACCGGUCGGAACUGCGGCCAUGGUUUACGAGACGUUGGAACGGUUGGGCCUACAUUUGUGUAGGACGGUCUUAUACGGAGAGGAACGCACGGUAGUUCCAUUGGACGACGGUGCAAUGAUGAGCGCCGUUUAUGCCGUCCCGGGUACUCACGUGACGUCGUUCGCACACAUUGAUUUUGGCCGUCAGCUGAGAGACGAGUAUGUUCGAUGGCCGUGCAGCGCAGGAGAGUGUCAAGGAGUCUGCAUUCUUAUUGGAUCCCAGUCGGUCGAUUGGCACGGACUCGAAACGACGACCAAAGUCGAUCCUUCAAAAGCAAUUUCUAUCCGCAAGGAAACUGCGGAAGCCAUUUUGAUAAAAUUUCACAACGCAAAUAUUUCUUUGAUUCGCUUGGCCACACCAAUCGUAUCCGUGUCUCUAGUUGAUUCGGACUCGGGUGAGAUAAAGAAGGCCUCGAACCUCUCUUAUCCGAUCACAUUGGACUUCAACGUUACUGUCGAUGACGUCACUGAGGAAGAUGCCAUGGUGUGCGUCUAUAGACCAAUGGGAGGGUACCACGGAUUUAACAAUACGGAUUGGAUUUCGGACGACGGUCUGAUUCCCGUCUCGAUCACAAAGUGCGAUGUCAUCACUGUCAGGUGCCUCUAUCGUCAACUAUUCGAAUUCACCGUCAUACACAUACCCCUCAUACCUCCGGAAAUAACGACACUCCCGCCCACUCCUAGCCCCGACGUGACAACGGUUUUGCCUACGACGACGCAAUCGCGGCCAAGAUCGACGCAAUCGAAAACAACGCAACAGGCAUCGACGCCAUCCUCCCAACAUGUCGAGCCUACUGCGAAAGGACAUGACGGAUCGGGUGGAACACCCGGAUGGAUAGCUGCCGUUGCGGUCGUGAUUGUGGCCUUUGUCUUGACGGUCGUAGUUCUUUGGUAUUUUUGUUAUUACAGGAAACGACGAAUCGCGAAAAUGACCGUCGUGCCCGAACAGUUCGAGCUAGUAGCCGGCGGAGACAGAGAAGAGUAUGGCGUCAACGAGCUCGACGGCAAGGAGCCAAUGCAGGUCGUCAAUGUCGACAGAACGGGCGACAGGCGACAAUUGUGCGUCGUGAGAGUUCUAAAGACGAUCCGUCUGAGAGAACUUCGGAAUGUUCUGAUCGACGAGUUUGUCGACGAUUUUAAAGAUCAACCGUUCUACUUCCUCACGAGACAUCUCAAGGAGGUGGAGCCGGAAGACGAGACGAUGCAGUUUGUACGAGUCGUGUACGAGGGCGACGAAGUAUUCGUCCGCAAAGUCGAUCUAAAUGAGAACGAUUCGACGCGUCUUCAUUUCUGCGUGUGCGGAGGUAUUGCGCACUUUGAAUGCGCAGAAUGCCAGUCUCGAGGGUAUUGCAGUCCGGACUGCCAGAGAAGGGACUGGGUCGACGUACAUAUUAAAGAGUGUCGCACGUUGGGCGAGAAGAAGCGUCGAGCGUCGCUCUUGAUCCGAAGUCGGCAGACUAGCGUGAACCAGAUGCCCGGAUCGGAGUCCGAUCAAGUAGACGGUGCCGGGAAGCCGCUCCUUCGAAACGACAUCAGAACAUGGCGCGGAUACCUGACAAGAACGACGUCCGUUCCUAUUCGCCAGACGGCUGCGGCUGGUCCGGGCGCGUCCGGGUCGGUACGUACUCCGGCUCGGUUCACUAGUGUUUCCAAUAUACCUCCUUCCUACGCUGCAGCCCUUGGCAUCGGUUCCUCACGACCCUCCAAUACUUCCUACCAACCACUGAAACGCUCCGCUACUCAGACAACAACACGUGGCUCUGUGGCGAGCGACGGAUCGUUUCAAGCGCCCGUCGCCAACUUUCCCAAGCCCUCUUUCGAUCAGGAAGUACCUGAGGGCACACCAGUGUUCACCAUGACCGGGUCUAGUACACGUACUUCGUCGGGUAGACAAUCCGUGUCGCGAGAUCUGAGAAGCAGACCUGGAACUACUACGGGAGCUCUUCUAGAGGACGUCAAAGAAGAAGAGGCUAGUCGAGAUGAUGAGCGCACUGUAGACCAAGUACACGAAGUCGCAGAGAAAGAGAAGGGGAACGACUGAGAGGUAAGAACGGCGAGCAAAGGUGGUCUCGCCGACUCAGUAGUAUGACAAUGGCAUCCGCCAUGUCUGUAGUAGUAUGUGUAUUCAGAUAAUCGAGUUUCGAGAUUUACUACUUUUUUAUGUUUUGUAUGAACUAAUAGUUAUCGUCUCGCUUCGAGCGACUGUGAUAUUAGGAUAAACAAGUUUGAAGUAGUCGGUUAUGCAAAUUUUGACUCCGCCUAUGAAUUAACUUUUAUU